AUGCUCGAACACUUGCUUUGCAUUCGCCUUGACGAUGGGACCCUCAAGGCAUGGGAAGAUUUCGCUACCACCGUCGAUGAACCAAAUUACGCUCGCCUCGUCGAUUUUCUACAACGUAGAGUUCUUGAGUCGAUGUCCGUCAACCACCAGUCGCACAAUUCGCCAAUGCCAGCACUAGAAGGUCUAGAUCUGUCCGAAAUUGAAUCUAAAGCGUUCCUGAAUCUCGAUACAGAAAAAGCAAUCAAAACUCUAGGCGUUAGAUGGGAACCCAAACCAGAUAAAUUAAGCUUUGAAAUCGCUUCCAUCGAUCCUACUAGCGCUCCAACAAAAAGGACGAUUCUAUCUGGUGUAUCCAAGCAUUUCGACCCGCUUGGUAUUACUUCUCCAGUCGUCAUUCGUGCGAAAAUACUCCUACAAGAGCUGUGGCUGCAACCGUGUGGGUGGGAUGACGAAAUUCCUGAUCCUGUCAACGAGAAGUGGACAUCCUACUGUUCCGAUCUGGCAAAGCUAUCCUCCUAUGCAGUUGACCGAUAUGUUUUUCUUCCAAACUCUACCUACGAGCUUCACACGUUCGCUGAUGCGUCUGAGCAAGCAUACGGCGCUUGCACCUUUGCCAGGUCGAUUUCCUCUAAAGGCCAGAUCCGUGUUCAUCUGAUAGCUGCAAAUUCCAGAGUCGCUCCCCUCAAACGUCUAUCGAUACCAAGGUUGGAAUUAUCAGCUGCCGUACUCGCCGCCAGAUUGCACGCAAAAAUCCUCGAAGCUCUCGAUAUGGCCAUAUCUGCAUCCUACUUUUGGUCCGAUUCAUCAGUUACCCUCGAGUGGUUACGUUCUUCCCCGCAUGUUUGGAAAACCUUCAUCGCCAACCGAGUAUCUGAGAUCCAAACCACCACCCACGGAUCGCAGUGGAACCACGUCGCAGGAACCCAUAAUCCAGCUGACCUGAUAACGAGAGGAAUGAAAGUAGAUGAAUUUCUGAGCAGUGAUCUUUGGCAACACGGCCCAUUCUGGCUUAGUCUGCAUAGGGAAAACUGGCCAACAACAACCAAUGCGAACAACCAUUCCGAUGAAGUUUUGGAGCGACGCGUCAUGGUGGCGGCCGUUCAAAAUCGGCCAACCGUGAAUGACAUUUUCUUGCGAACCACAUCCUACCAACGACUGCUCCGUAUAACGGCCUACUGCCUACGGUUUAUCAAUGCCUGCCGUCAACGAGAAUCAUCCGAUCGACCAGAAGGAAGCACCGUACUCACCGUGGAGGAAUUGUCCAUGUCUCGCAAGAAGCUGGUGAAAUUGGCCCAAACCGAUUCGUUUGGUGAAGAGAUUAGGGAAUUGGGUAGAGGGAAAACAGUUUCGAAACGGUCGAAUUUGCGCCUAUUGAGUCCAUUUCUUGAUUCAGAUGGAAUCAUUCGAGUCGGGGGUAGACUAAAUCUAUCUGAGCAGCCUUACCACACGAAGCAUCCAAUCCUACUUCCCAGUUCCCAUCCUUUCACACGUUCUGUUGCUAUCGAUUACCACAACAAACUGUUGCACGGUGGCGGCCGUGUAACAUUAGCAGAAAUGCGGCAAGUAUACUGGCCGAUUCAGGGGCGAAGGUUGAUGAACAGCAUCAUGCGUAAUUGUUUUCGAUGCAUUAGAGCAUCUCCAACACCAGCAACACAACAAACAGGACAACUACCGCAGCGAAGAAUAACACCAAGCAAGCCUUUCACCGUCACCGGCGUUGAUUACGCUGGCCCAGUGUACCUUGAGAGACAAUCAGGAGAAAUUGCUACCAUUUGCGCGACCGUCGGAAUCAAAUGGCACAUGAUACCACCGAAAGCACCACACUUCGGCGGCCUAUGGGAGGCGGCUGUUAAAACGGCAAAGAAGCACCUGCGCAAACAACUCGGCAACAUCGCACUAUCCUUCGAGGACAUGAGCACUAUUCUGGCGCAGAUUGAGGCCUGCAUGAACUCGAGGCCUCUUACACCGAUGACUGAAAUUCCGGACGAUUUGGCGAUUCUAACACCCUCGCAUUUUCUUAUCGGAUCUUCCCUUUUCGCUUUGCCAGAAACUGACGUCACAACGAUUCCGCUAAAUCGUCUUGACCACUACCAGAAGCUUCAGGAACGAGUCCAAAAGUUCUGGUAUCUUUGGUGCACUGACUAUCUCCAUGAAUUGCAGAAAGAAGCAAAACAAUCAACUCCAAUUACCGCCUACCAGCCUGGGAGAAUGGUAAUAUUGGUAGAUGAGUCUCUACCACCUGUAAGAUGGCCGCUAGCAAGAAUAACUGCAACACACCCUGGAAGCGACGGAUUAAUCCGCGUCGUGACACUCCGGACCAGCAAAGGAAUCAUUCGAAGACCUACCACCUGA